CGCUAACUGUGUCCCACACUGGAGCCCGCACCCCGUCUCCCAGCUCCCGCAGUCCCCGGUGCAGCAGCUGCUUCCCACCGCCCCAGCCUGCCCCAUAGCCCGGCACGGAGCGCUUUUCGCUGCUGUUUGUCUCCCGUCUCUUCCCGUCGGCAGCAGUUGCACCCAACCCGGAGUCUCCGCCAGUACCCGGCCCCGCGCCUGCUCGAGCGGCCGGCGCCGCGGCCUGACUGACGGACACCCCCGUCCGCUCUAACAGAUAAACAGUUGAAGAACCAGACGUUAAAAUGAAUAGCCUAGAAGUUGACAUGCUUCAUUGCUGGAAGUGUAGAAAAUACAUAGCAAAUUCUGAUUGCCUCAUAAAAUGUAAUGGAAAACAACUAUUUGAAAAAUCCCAUUAUUCAGAUGCUUCUGAGUAUACUUGCAAUGUAUGGCACAUGAACUUGGAAGCUCUUCCAGACUGGGUAAAAUGUGCAAUAGAAAAGGCAGAGUGGAUGAUUGGAAAACUGAACUGCCCAUUCUGUGGGGCCCGUUUGGGAGGCUUUAACUUUGUCAGCAAUACAAAAUGUUCUUGUGGCCUGUUUGCAAAUAUACAUCUCUGCAAGAGUUGGAUUGAUUAUCAGCCAGCUUGUUCAUUUAGAUUAGCAAGAUCAUCAGUAAAACACACGUCACUUUGCAAAGUUCCAUCUGGUUCUAAUAACAAAAUACAGCACAGCGUGACAGGUGGAAUUUUGGGACCCAGAAAUCAAGGGCUUUCAGACAAUGCCAAAAACACAAAUGGUACUGGAAGAUUAACAGAAGCACUUUGCCUAGAGGUGAGAUCAACCAGCUUUGAGAUGAACAAUAAAAAACUGCACUUCAAAGUGUUUAAUAAAAAAAAAAGUCCUUCAGCUUCAUGGCCUGUGAAUGAGAGAUGCACUGUAAAAACUUGUCAUAGAAAAACACACAGUUUGGAUUUGAAUAUCAGAGAGAGACAUGUCUUGUUGCCUAGUUUGUAUGGGGUUUCCAGUAAGGGGCCUAUUUACCACAGGCAAAAUGAAACACAACCCAUUUACCCAAGAAGUAGCUUGCAAUUAGAGUCCAGUAGAUAUAAUAAUUCCUUUCAGGGCCUGUAUAAUUCUGAUACUGAUGAGCUACCAAAAAAGUUUUCAGUUACUUCCUGCAAUACAUUAACCUGUAGAGAGACAGAAUGUGACUGCAAUUUUGAAGCUUCUGAUCAAUGUUCUGGGGAUGCCACUGCUGACCAACUGCCUUUCAUGAUGGACCUCUCUUCAUCUGUUAGUGCUGUAGAAGAGGACAUUGGACAGCAACACAUCACAUCUGUUGAUCUUCUGCAGCCUGCCAAUUUUUCCUUGGUUGCUGUCAAUCAAAAGCUAAGCAAAAGAGAGAGAAACAAGUUGAAAAAUUUGAGGAAAAAACAAAGAAAACGAGAAAGGUGGCUUCAGAAGCAGACUCUGAAUGAUAACCUGAAUACAGAUGACGAGCAUGAACAAAGAGGAGAUAAAGAAAGCUACCUCUGUGCAGUGUGCUUGGAUGUUUAUUUCAAUCCAUAUAUGUGCUAUCCAUGCCACCACAUCUUUUGUGAACCUUGCUUGCGGAUGCUUGCCAAAGACAACCCAACCAACACUCCGUGUCCACUGUGCCGUACUAUAAUUGCCAGAGUCUUUUUCCAAACAGAACUGAACAACUCCACGAAAUCUUCCUUCCCAACAGAAUAUUUAAAAUUAAAAGAAAGCUUUCAAAAAUCAAGUUCUGCAAAAUGGCCCCUGCCCAGCUGCAGGAAACCAUUCAGAGUUUGUGAAGCAGGUUUCCAAAGGCAUACAGAUCCUGUAGCAAGAAGGCACUUCCCACAUGCUGCACACAGGAUGGACUAUAUGGAUUUUGAGGAUGAUAGCCGUGGAUGGUGGUUUGACAUGGACAUGGUGAUAAUCUACAUUUAUUCUGUCAACUGGGUCAUAGGAUUCAUUGUUUUCUGUUUUCUUUGUUAUUUUUUCUUUCCUUUUUAGGGAACUGCAUUAUUUGUUUAGUAAAACUGAAGAAUCAUGCAAACAAAGACAAUGUAAAUAGAAAUGGUUUGAAGUAAUGAAUGCAGAUCUUUCUUUGUGUGGUCUGGAGUUUUUAUGAUUCAGAAUUGUAUUAGCCUACACCAAACAUGACAUGGGGCUAAUGAUCUAAUUACUGGAUGCUUCUGACAUAGGCAUCAAAGACUUGAGCUUUACUGAAAACAUAAAGUGAAAUCCUGGCCACAUUGAAGUCAGUGGGAGUUUUGCCAUUGAUUUCAGUGGGGCCAGGGUUUCCACCCAUAAUUUGUAAAAUCACCAGUAUAUAGAAAUGAACCAUCAAGAUUUGUUUUGAGGAGUUCCGUUUUUGGCUCUAUACUUUGCAACCUUAAGCAAAUCAGAUCUACUGGUGCCUCAAUUUCCUCACGUGUAAAAGAGGGAUGAUGGAGGGAGGAUCCUCCAACACAGGCAGUGUGUGUGUCUCAAAGUUGUUAUUAGCACCUUUCAUGUGGAAGGAUCCCAAAGCACUUUAAGGUCUAUAUAUAUAUAGGGAUCAAUCACUCAGUAUUGAAAUGCAGCCACUUUUUGAGGUGGGAUGCAACCACCCUUCAAUGCUAGCCACUACAAAACAUUUUUUAAGGUAGGGGCAAUGGAAGAAGUUCUCCAGCUGAUGCCGCUAGAGGGAUUUCUGCCACUAUAGUAAAAUGUCAGUACACAAAGAUAGGACACAGUGGCUAAAACUUCUAUGUUUGAGAAGUACAGGGGAGCAUUUAAUUUCAAGGGACUCAGUCCUGUAAGCUACUGAGAACUCUCGCCCUGAUCCAGGAAAGCACUUAAGCAUGAGUAGUCCCAUUAACUUCAGCAUUUGCAUUGGUAACCUCAGGAGCUGCUGCUGGUUAUUCAGUAUGUAGCACUCUUCCAAUUUAGCUAAUAUCAUUCCAUCAGAUUGCUAGGAGAUGAGUUGGAAUUGAAUAAUUGUAAUGGGACUGCCCAUUUAAAGUUAAGCAUGUGCUUAAGUGUUUUGCUGGCUCAAGGCCAGAAAUGAGCAAGGCCUCAGACUUGUAUCUCAUCUGAAAGAUGGCACCUCCAGCAGCACAUUGGCUCCUAGCAUUUAGUUUUCCACAAGCUGCAUAAAAUAACUUUUUAAGAUUAGACAUUCCUUUGAGGAUUUUUUUUUCAGUUAAAAUACCUGUACAGCUAAAACUAUGUUGACUGAAUGGAUUUGGUCACUUUCUUUUAAUAUUGCUCUACAGGGUAGUGGGAAGUGUAGUAAUUGAAAUUCACCAUCAAUGUAGUUGUGGGCAAAAGAAAAAUUAGUGUAUGCAAUUACUUUACCUCUAAUUACAAUAGCUUGUCUUGUACUAUUGAUAGAUGAUCAUUAGGCAUAACAGGACCCCACCAUUAAAACUUCAGAGGUUUUAUUAAAACUCAUGGCACAAUAAAACUCUCAGUAAACUUAAAACAUGUUUCUCAGCUGUGCCAGAACUCAAGUUAUAGCUUUUGGUUUUUUAAACUUGCAAAUCAACUGUUCCUGGCUCAGCGAAGAGAAGGGAUGUGAAGCACCUUUUCAGCCAAAAUGUAUUUGCACUUCCUGAGGUCAAAAAGCAUUAGACUGAAAGGAUGUAUCAUGAAAUAAUUACUUUAGCUAAUUUAACUAACUUGGUGCUAGUUUAAAAUGUGAAACACGAUUUUUGGGAGGAAAGUAUUAAAUCAGAUUUAAGAAUUUAAGUAGGAUGUUUCUCAGAUGAAUAUAUCAAUUAGCUAAUAUUUCAAAAUGUACUCAUACAUAAGAAAUCUAUUCCAGACAACUCCAAUUAAAUGAAAGUAAACUUACAUAGAAAAUUUCUAGUAGCAUUUUAUCAUGGGUUUAUUCUGAAAGAUGAAACAGGAAGGGAGACAGUCAAAUGUAGUAUUGCCUUCUCCGUCUGUACAAUUACAAGAGUCUAUAAUUGUGGGUGGAUGGAUACACUCUUCUAAAUUUAGUGUUAAAAUUAUUUUAUAUAACAUUUCUAAGGUGCAUAUACAUAUUAGUCAAGCUAUAUAUUUUGGCUAUAGUGUUGCUUUGGUUAAUGCUAUUAAUUGCAAAGAGUAAUGAAUUAAUCAGAUAAUAAAGGAGAUGGACUUACUGUUUCAGAUUUUUAUAUAAAGCUGUUUCUCCUUCAAAAAGACCCAGAAGGGGUAGAAUAGUUGUAGUUGCUUUUCUCUAUUGCCUCUUUCCUUUGAAAAUGUUAGUUCAUUAUUACUGUCUCAAAUGUGCUUCCAUUGAAAUUUUGUCACAAAAAUCCUAUUGACUUCAGUGGGAACUGGAGUAGGUCCUUUUGUGAGCAAUUUUAUUCUUAAGCACUUGGUCUUGUUCUGGAAUGUAUUCUUAUCUAACCUCAUAUUACAGUGUUUUCAAUAAAAUCUGAAGUUGUUUAUAAUAUUUUGCAGCUGUGUCAAUAGAUAUUGGGUGGAAUUAAAUUUGAAUAUUUUUUUCAA